CAUCCAGUUGGAACAAGAGGUCCAACUGACUGCCGGUGGCUGACAUGAUGAAUCUAAGGUACGUGAAGGAUUACUUUGCCUGGCUCUAUUACCAGUACACCAUCAUCAGCUGCUGUGCUGUCCUGGAGCCCUGGGAGCGAUCCAUGUUCAACACCAUUUUCCUCACCAUCGUGGGAAUGGUGGUAUACACGGCCUAUGUCUUUAUUCCCAUCCACAUACGCCUGGCUUGGGAGUUCUUCUCAGAAAUAUUUGGAGACCAAAGUACUGCUUCUGUCUCUAACUGAAAAUGCUAAACACCGAUAGGGAAGGGCCUCUG